GUUGGCAGUCGGUCUGGAAGGGGGUGUUUAUGUCUACGUCAGUACUCCUGGAUCGGUUUGCGUAAAAGGAUCUAUAUUUAAUUGCUUAAAUUGUUAGAAAGCCUCCCUCUUUUGCCCGUCUCCGUCCCGUCUUUUAAGGUUAGGUGGUCUGUUUUGAUACUUGGACCUUGGACGGUCACGGACAUCGCGGUUGAGAAAACUGCAGCUAUGCUGACUCGAGCAAGAAAACGGGCUCAAACGUCCCUUGCUCCACUUCCGCCUAAGAAGGGCAAGGGCAAAGUCGAGGAACCGCCGCCCCUGCCGCCGCCGCCGCCCCCGCCCCCGACGACGCUCCUGUCGUUGCCCGACGUGCCGCUAGUGGAGGUGCUCUCCCACUUGUCGGUGGAGGACCUGGUGCGCGCCGGGCAGGCGAACCCCAGGCUGGGCGCGCUCACCAGGACGCACGCGUCGCUGUGGCGCGGGAAAGAACAGUAUGACAAGAAGUACUACUUCGAGGACGCCGCCGCACUGUCGGCGCUGCUGCGGGUGGUGCCGCCCGUGUACAAGAUGAAGUUCACUGUGCGCCGUUCUCCCAUGAUUGUGGCCCAAUUAGUGAGCUUCACCAGGAAAAAUCAGCUGAAAGGCUUCACCACGUUGGCAGUGGAGGGCUUCACCACCGAGCACUGCGUCAGCAUAAUCCAGGAGGUUAAGGCCCACCUGGAGUACCUGGAGAUCUCGGGUCUUGAUCGUGGGCUGGAGGUUCUCCUGCUAGGCUUGCGGUCCGCCCGCCUCCUGAUAAAUCUGAGCAUCACCUUGGAAUCUUAUUUUCACAAAUGUAACUUCAGCUGGCCGCAGGCGGCGUUGCCCGGAUUGCGCCACGUGACCUUGGCAAGUACCGGCCAGUACUACGACGGCUCUCGACAGCGGGGACCUGAUGACACCGUACUCCAAGCCCUGGGCUCGCUGCUGCUGGCGCACACUCGUACUGUGCGCUUCUUGAAUUUGAAGACUUUGCAAAUGCUGCCGUUGCUGCCGCUGCUGGACUCCCGUCCUGGUGCACUCGAUCGGCUGCUCGUGACUGUGACUGUACCCUUUAGACCGGCCGUGGUGCUGCAGCCACUGCGUAGGCUCCAGGAUCUGAAGCUCCUCUCGUCUUACUACGGCGGGUUGAUACCCAAAAACCAGCUUGUCGCGGUGCUGGAGUCGUGCAAGGGCUCACCACUGAAACGCCUGGAUGUCAGAAGCUGCGGAACCCAGACGCUCCGCACCCUGGCUGACGCGCAGCUCAGCGGCCUGAAGCAGCUAGUUCUCAGCUUUGACUCGGACUAUGUCCUGGAAGCGGGCGCUCUGCGGGCUGCGCUGGCGAGCCUGCCCAACCUCCACUCCCUCCACAUCCUGAAGCUGCAGACGCCGCCGCCGCCCGAGGCGCUCGCCUGCAUCCCGGCUGGAGCCAUCCCGGCACUGAGCCUCGUGUUCUUCACGGACAGCUUCAAGACCGACCAGGACGCCGCCGAACCGCAGUCUGACUACGCGGGAUUCGCACAGUGCCAGGACCUCGUGCGCAGGUCCCCGAUGCCGCUCCACGUAGUUGUGAAGGUGACCUGGCAUAAACGUGUCGUCUGGGUUCCUCAUGGUGAAAGGUGCAUCCUCUUCUUCAAGCACCCAACGACGACCGAACCAGAUGCGGCCUUGUGUACCCUAUGCACCGAAGCCGAAACUGCUUUACUUUUGCGCUGCGGCGUGGCCGCGAAAAUUGACGAUCGUGUUCAAGUGCAGUAGCCAACACAGACAAUAACUGCAAUGCUUAACCGCCUUAACACUUGAAUUCAUACAUCAUGUCAUGUACAAAGGCCGCAGCUCGGUUAUAGCGCAAGAUGAUUGGGGGGGGGGGGCAAACGGCUCGGCCGGCUGACUUUUGUUCAUCUACUUUUGCUCUAGCCCAG